AUGACGGGAUACCAUGGUCUACUUGCAUUUGGAUCCAACUUCUCAGUCGUAACCACGGACACAAAUAAUGUUCAACCCAUCCAGUGUCUCACAAAGCAUAGGGCAAUUGUCAAUAAGGUUCUAUGGGCUCCGAAAAUUGAGAACUGCAACCUGGUGACUCUAGUAUCGUCGGAUACAGCUGGACAAAUCAUCCAUUGGAAUAUUGGCUCUGGAGAAUGUAUAGCCGUUUUUCAAGAUGGUACAAAGGGAAUUUUGGGCAUGGAAUGGGUGCCUUCUGCCGACGAGAGUUGUCUGCUGUUGGCAACACUGCACGCGCCCUACCACCUCGUCAUCUGGGAUGUCCUCAAGCAGACCAAGCUCUGGAAGAAGGGCUUCACAGAUACACUCAUCAGCUUCAGCUUUAAUCCCUUCGAUGGAACCCGGUUGGCAUUCUUGUGCCCUGACUGCAUAUUAUUCGUUGACGAUUUCAAUGCUUGCAAGAUACCGUCGACAAAUGGCAGAAAGUUCUACAUUUCGAGUCCAAGACUGACAGAUGGCGCCGAAGAUGUCACCAGAACUCGAGACCGACUCAAGAGACUCAUGAAAGGAUUGGUUGUUGCAGAGACUAAGCCUCG